AUGCGUCUCCAUUUGAAUGCCACAUUAGAUCAUACACGUCUGUUGUUGAUAGAUCAAUCCACGGCUAAGUGGAAAGAUAUUCUGAAGAGAAUAUAUGACUGCAUCAUGUUCUUGGCGAAGCAAAAUCUGCCAUUCAGAGGGCACAGAGAGAGUCUUACUGAAGAUGCGUGCAAUUCUGGCAACUUCUUAGAGUUAAUAAAACUUUUGAGCAAAUAUGACCCAGUACUUCGGGAACAUCUCACUAAUGUACAACUAGCCGAAAAGAAAACCACAACGUAUCUUUCACCGCAAAUUCAAAAUGAAUUCAUUACAUUACUUGGUAUCAAUGUUCGGAAGCGAAUCAUUGCAGAUGUGUGUGCUGCAAAGUAUUUUGCAAUAAUGUUUGACAGUACACCAGACGUGUCCCAUACCGAUCAAAUGUCUGAAAUAAUUCGCUACGUGUCCAUAAAAGAAGGAAAGGUUGAUAUCAAAGAAUCAUUCAUUGAUUUCUUUCCAUUAGAGGGAAAGACCGCCGAAGCAAUUACCAAUGUUAUCAUUGCUAAACUUUGUGAAGAUGGGCUAGAUAUCCAAAACUGUUACGGCCAAGGCUAUGACAAUGCUGCAACAAUGGCAGGUAUCCAUCGUGGUGUUCAACGCAGAAUUCUCGAUAUCAACCAGCACGCGAUUUUCAUGCCUUGCAACAACCAUUCCUUGAAUUUAGCUGGAGUCCAUGCCGCCGGAAUUAAUCCAAAUGCUGUAACUUUCUUUGGAACAAUAGAGAGAAUAUUUGUUUAUUUUUCGUCUUCAACUCAUAGAUGGGAUGUGCUGAAGAAACACGCCAAGUUGACUGUCAAAAGGGUAUCUGAUUCUGAUACCCGAUGGAGUGCUAAACACGAUGCUGUCUCUGCUCUGAAAGGUAACUUGGACCAAGUCAUUACUGCCCUGGAAGAGUUGAGAGAUGGGGCAUCUGAAAAUCUAGCCACGAAAGGCGAUGCUGGCGCUCUGCUGACGUGCACCAUGUCAUACACAUUCAUAGCAUAUUUGUUCUUUUGGGAGCCAGUACUAAAGGAAAUCAACUACACUCAACAAUACCUGCAGAAAAGGGGGCUUUGUUUAGAUCAGUGUGCGACAAAAAUGUCUUCGUUAUCCGUGUAUUUCACUGAUGAACGCGAUGCAUUAGUCUCCAAUUCUAGCGAAGCAGCUCAAAGUUUCUGUGACGACAAGGGCAUCAGGGUAGACCGUAGAGUAAGAAGGCAGCGAAGAAUGCCCAGGGAGCAAGUUCGUGACGAUGGAUUGACAGUGAAACAGGAAACUUGCAGAGCACUUUUAGAAAUCGUGGAUCGUUUAUUAGCGGAAGUUGAAAAACGUUCAGGCAAUCUAAGAGAUAUGAGCGAUCGCUUUGGCUUUAUGCAACCGUCUCACUUGUUAAAUGAGCGAAAUGACGAACGAAUUAAAAAGCAGAUCCAAAAUUUUUCUCUACUUUACGGUUAUGCCUGA